UGUUUUCGAUUCCAAAUUAGUUUACAAGUUUAUACGCCAUUGUUGGGUGAUUAAAUUAAAUGCGAAACGGAGGCAACAAUAGGUCAUUAGCAACAUAAUUUGCCGGCACACAGCUAAAUGGCGUUUAAACUUGUAUUUGCUCUUGUUAAUUUCUCAAGUGUCUGCGGCCGACAGGCACUCGUUCCUAUUUGUUAAAGUUUUGUAUCGUUUCGAGUGUUCACUACAACCACAACCACAAUUUAUCGACACGGAGGAUUCUAAUUGUACUUUGUACAAGAUUCCACUACAGGUUACUGAUGAGGCCGGUAAAUCAGGAGAGUACAAUUGCAAUGCAAUACCUAAAUAAGCAUUUUUAAAUAGGAAAGAAACUAUUAAUUAUGCACAAAAUAGAAAUUUAUGUGAGGUGUACAGUUUAAAUUAUGAGUGUAAAAUCUGAGCCUGAUAUCGAGGUGAACGUGGAGUCGUUGGAUUCGGAUGCUUUAAACGAGCAACUGCGGGCCUCGACGGCCGUUCUUCGGGAGAUGAUGACCAGUGACGACACCGAUAUCAAUAUUGUUGUAGAAGUGGGCACCGAGGAGUAUAUCACAGGGGACUUGCCUGCGUCGGGUUCAGUUGAGAAAGGGCACGCGUGCAAGUAUUGCGGGAAGUUGUAUAAAUCGGCCAGCACGUUGCAGAUGCAUGCGCGCUUGAAGCACCCGUGCGACUUCGGCGAUCGCGUAGAAGUGCGCUGCGCGUCGUGCGACAAGACGUACGCGUCACUGCUGAGCCUGCAGAAGCACCAGCGCUAUAUGCACCGCCACGCGCACCGCUGCGGCGCGUGCUACCGGACUUUCGAGACGCGCGACAAGCUCGCCGAGCACGCCACGAACUGCGUCAAGUCCGAGAGGCCGUGCCUGACCUGCGGGAGAAUGUACGACUCGCAGCUGUCUCUAAGGAACCACGUGAAGUACAAGCACCCGGAGGUUAAGACGUACUGGUGCGGGUUAUGUCGACGCGCGUUCACUACAUCUCGUCGACUGGUCAACCACAUCUCUAUGAUCCAUCCCAGCGGGAUCGCGUGCGGCAGUUGCAAGAGGACGUUCAAUUCUGUAGCGGCGCUGCAGAGCCACGUGUUAUACAAGCACUCGGAGAACGGUCACCGGUGCAGCCAGUGCAAGAAGGUGUUCGCGUCGCACGGCAGCCUGGCGCGGCACCUGGCCAAGAACCACAAGGUGGUGGUGUGCGAGGGCGGCAAGUACUGCUGCGGCGUCUGCGAGGCCCAGUUCCUGGGCUCCAGAGACGUCAUCCAGCACGUCAUGGAGAAGCACACCGGUAUUAAAGAGGAUAUUGAUACCUUGAAGGCAGGAACAAGCGAUAACAAUUGACUGAUUAAAAAUUUGCACUUCUUUUUUUUUAUUUUCAAUACAUA